UUGAUUUCUGCAACAAUAAUAGAUAUAUUAUUGAGAUGAUUGAAGUUAUUGAGAGUAGAGUUGAUAUUGUUGGAUAUGGAGUCUUGGAAUAUAUUUUUUCCGAUGUUGGUAAUGGAAUUACUAAUAAUGAAGAAGUUGGUGAUGAUAUUGUUG